AUGGAGUCCUUACAACAUUUGAAGCAAUUAGGUACUGAUUUGGGUUAUGAGGGUGAAGAGUUAAGAGAGUUCGUUAGAUACCAACAAGAAAGCGAGAGGGAAGAGCGUAGAAUGAAAAGGGAGGAAGAAAGAGAGAAGGAGAGGGAGAAGUUAGAAUUUGAAUAUAAAAUGAAAGAAAUGGAAAUGACAAAAGAAACUAAGGAACAUGAGAUUGAGAGUUUAAUAGAAAAAGAAAGGUUAAUUGUGAGACGUGAAGAAGCAGAGUACAAACAUAAGAUGGAAUUAUUGGAGACUCAAGGUAGACUUGGUGUAGGUAUUUAUGAAUCUGAACAUGAACGUCAUAAUCAUUUUGAAUCAAAGGGUCCAAAACUACCCUAUUUUGAAGAAGGUAAGGAUGACAUGGAUGUUUACUUGCAAAGGUUUGAACGCUAUGCUAACGCUCAACAGUGGAGUAGAGAUAAAUGGGCUAUGCAUUUAAGUGCCUUAUUAAAAGGGAAAACAUUAGAGGUGUACUCAAGAUUACCCCCGGAUCAAGCUUUUCAGUAUGACGUAUUAAAGACUGCUUUGUUGAGGAGAUUUGAUUUAACUUCAGGGGAUUCAAAAAACGGUUCCGUUCUAGUAGACCUCAGCUUGGAGAAACAUUUAGUCAGUUUUCAGUUAGAUUGGAAAACUAUGUUAGUAGAUGGCUUGAGUUGUCAAAUACUGUCAAAACAUUCGAAGGGUUGUUAG